AUGCCAGCCUCUACCCCCGCCGGCGGCGCCUCGGCUACCCCCGAUGCCCUUGAAUCCGACCUCCUUACAAAACUAUCUGCUACAUCCGCUCUGGAGGACCUACAAGAAAAUCUACUCAGCUCACUUCACCGCGUGGGAUGGACGGAAAGGAUUACCAACCUUGCUACUGAGCUCCUUCGCGCGGGUCGCUGUGAGACCUUCGAUGAUAUGAUGGAGGCGGUCGUUGCUUCCGCUGAAGGCAGGGCUCAUCCUGCUUUGGGAUCAAAAAAUUCAGAAAAGAAUGGCGACGCGACGCCAAAUGGGACAAAAGCAUCAAAGUCCAACGGGACCAAAAAGGGCAAUGCUGCCGGUGCUAGCCACUCAGAGAAUACCCCUUAUGACCCGGUGAAGUAUAUCGAAGAGGUGGACGUGCGUAUCCCGGAAACCAUUGUGGACGAGGGCGUGCGUGGCUUGAAGGACAUACUACGGGAGAUGGUUGACCUUGAAGAUGAGAAUACUUCGAACGGCGACAAGAAGUAA